AUGCUCCCAACCCUUCGAAAUCUGCAUCUCCAUCGGCGUAUAAUCCACACUCAGGGCUUCUUAUCCAGUCUCCCUAGACAGCUCGUCGGCUCUAACAGAUCUCUCCACUCCGAUCUUCGCCGCCUUGCCCGCAAACAUCGCCCGUUGCUGACUGGCCCACGAACCGUUCUAUUCAGCUCGAUGCCAGCCAUCCCAUUUCUCUCUUCAUUGUUACGCUCUUCAAGUAGCAACACUACUUACGAGAUGGAGUUCCCUGAUAAACGGACGGAUGAUGAAUGGCGGGCCGUUCUAACCCAAGAACAAUUCCGCAUCCUCCGCAACAAAGGAACUGAAUCUCCCGGCAGCGGCAAAUACGACAAACAUGCCCCGUUAUCGGGCAUCUACGAAUGCGCCGGUUGCGGCGCUCCGCUCUACAAAGCAUCGCACAAGUUCGUAUCGGGCUGCGGCUGGCCGGCAUUUUUUGACUCGGUCCCUGGAGCGGUGUUGCGGAAGGAGGAUAGGUCGUUUGGCAUGAAAAGAACUGAGAUUGUUUGCUCGAACUGCGGGGGACAUCUGGGUCAUGUGUUUAAGGGCGAAGGGUAUAAAACUCCGACGAAUGAGAGGCAUUGUGUUAAUAGUAUUAGUUUGAGCUUUACGAAGGAUGAGGCGAAGCUGAGUAAGAACGGUAAGAAGGAGGGCAUGGAGGGGGAAACAAGCAAGUGA